AUGUAUGCACAACUCCUCGCCGUCCUUGCAGCGGGUGCCUGUGCUAUCCUUGCGGCGCCUGUCCCCAAUCCAGACACGUCUAUUCUCCAGUUUGCGCUCGUGCUUGAGUUACUCGAGUCUUCCUUCUACCAUGGUGGACUGCAGAAGUUCGAUGUGGCCGCCUUCACAGAUGCCGGAUUCCCCUCGUGGGUCAGGGGCCGCUACGAACAAAUCAUGCAACACGAGGAUACCCACGUCAGUUUUCUGCAAGAUGCGCUCGGUUCACAGGCUCCUCAAUCUUGCGUGUACGACUUUCCAUACACAGAUGUCACGUCGUGGAUCAAGUUGUCCAUGGCUUUAGAGGGGGUUGGCGGAUCUGCCUACCUUGGAGCCUUAUCUCUCCUGCAAGACAACACUACCAUUACAGCCGCUGCGUCUAUCCUGUCGAUCGAACAACGCCAUAAUGGAUGGAUUUCCUCCGCCGUUCUCAAAGAGCAACCGUGGGAUGGUGCGUUCGAGACACCGCUGUCUGUGCCGGAAGUGUUUUCGAUUGCAUCGCAAUUCAUCAAGUCCUGCCCCUCAUCGAACCCGCCUGCUCCGAUCGGGCCACUCCCUAUCCUUACACUUCCCGCCUCGGUCGAGCCUGGUUCGAAGAUACAGCUGAACUUCACCAACCCGAGUCCCGGUACUCAGUUAUUUGUGGGCUGGUACAAUGGAUUACAGUCUUUCUUCUCGACUAUCGACAGCGACCUCUCUACAGUCGUUCCAAACGGUCUCAACGGAACCGCUUACGCCGGCGUUGUUGCGAACGACACAUUGCCGCGUAGCAACAACCCGAUGGUGACGGCCCUUGCCGUCGCUCAAUUCCCAUUCAAUUCGAUGGCAAUGUAG